UAUUUUUCAAAAAGUUGUCUUCCAGUUUGAUCCUAUAUGGCCACUUCAAUAUUACAAUCCUCAAUAUCUUCACUUAAUGUAUCAAAGCUUCAUUAUUAUCCACGAAGAUGUUUCUCUGCUCUAAAUAGUGCAUCAUCAUCAUCGUCUUCAAGAAAGCUGGCUCAGAAAUCGAAGGCUUCCAUGAAGGAAAUCUCAUUAGAAGAUCACAUCAAUAUUAAAGGUGAAGGUUUCUACAAUCUGCAUCACGAGUCCAAUAAUAACACAGCCACUCUUCAACUCUACGCCAUUCUAGAGACAAUUUGUGACAGAAUCGAAAAGCAUCACAACGUUGGAGACCAACGUGACAAUUGGAACUCGCUUCUUCUGAACUCCGUCAACACCAUCACACUCGCCGCCACGACCAUGGCCGGUGUCGCCGCCUCCAUCCACGACGGCGCAGCGCCACUGAAACUGUCGUCCACUCUUCUGUUUUCUGCAGCAACGUUGUUGUCCCUCGUCAUGAACAAAAUCCAACCUUCUCAGCUCGCCGAGGAACAGCGAAAUGCUACAAGGUUGUUCAAACAGCUUCAGGCACAGAUUCAAACCACCAUCGCCAUCGGAAAUGCCACUGAGAAAGACGUUAACAGUGCAAUAGAGAGGGUUUUAGCACUUGACAGAGCUUACCCACUUGCCUUACUAGGUGGAGCCAUGCUUGAGAAAUUCCCUUCAAAGUUUGAGCCUGCGAUUUGGUGGCCUUCAAAGAGAAAUCAGCAGGAAAGCUCGAGUUCACCGACGACGACGACGUCGAAGAAGGGAUGGAGUGAGGAACUGGAAAUGGAAAUGAGAGAGAUCAUUGAAGUGGUGAAGAGAAAAGACAUGGAGGACUACGAGAGGCUUGGAAACUUGGCUUUAAAGAUGAACAAAAUCAUGGCGAUUUCUGGUUCUUUACUCACUGGGAUCGCAGCAUUAGGGUCUGCAACAACAUCUCUGGGAAAUAUUAAUAGUGAUAAUGGGUCAUGGUGGGGAAGCUUGAUGAUGACAGUGCCUGCAGUUGCAGGAUCAAUGGCGAGCGUUGUGAAUGCUUUUGAACAUGGAGGACAAGUGGGGAUGGUCCUGGACAUGUACAGAUACUGUGGAGGAUUCUUCAAGCUUCUGGAAGAGACGACGGAAGCGACGCUUGAAGAAAAGAACUAUGAGAGAAGAGAAAAUGGAGAGAUGUUUGAGAUGAAGAUGGCUCUGAAUUUGGGACGAAACGUUUCGCAGCUCAGAGAACUUGCCUCUAAAUCUGCUUUCUGCCGAGCAGAAGGUGUUGAGAUUGAUGAAUUCGCCAGCAAACUCUUCUGAAUCUAAUUUCGAUCUCUUUUAGGGAAUUUAGGCUGUUUAAUUGUAAAGACGACACUGAUAUUAAUGAGAUAAUUAAAGCUCAUGAUUAAUUGUUUAAUAUUCUUUACCCUUUGUUUUUUGCAUUCUUGAUUUUCUUGUACAUUGUCCUCUGACUUUUCAAAGAUUUAAGGUGUAAUCUUUUUUAUUUUCAUGCAUAUAAAUAUACUUGCUUUCAAUG